AAAAUGAUUUGUCCUACUAUUCGCCCGACGAUGAGGAUAGUGAUUCUGAAGAGUCUAGAGCAUUAACAAUUAAGAUUAGCAUCCUUUCUCUCAAGACACAUUAUAAGAUCGACCACAUAUUUCCUGACCGCAAGUACAUGUUCAACCUCAAGGCAAGAGGACUUACUACUCCUGAAAAGUUCGUCGCAUGGUGGAACGAAAAUCAUCCCGAUUGUCAAAUCACUGUUGAUUCAAUCCAAAGGUGGACUUAUCGCGAUGAUCAAGAUCCUUCAAGUUAUAAUAUCCAUUGGAAACUGUACGGAGAUUAG